AUGGACAGCGCCCACGCCGUGGCGCCGUCGCCCCAGUCGCUCUUUCGCCAGCGCAGCUGCACCGAGCUCCCACGCUUCGCGGACGCCGACGCCGAGGAAAGGAAGAUCAGCAGGUCUUCCGGUAAGGGCGGUCACGCGUUCGGGCGCUCCAUGCGCUUCCUGCCGUCCUCCAAGCCUGCCAGCGUCACGCUCACCCCGGGCCGCAUCGUACCGUCCGACCUCCGCAGGCUCGUCGGCUCCUCGAUGGACGCCCGCGCCGAUGUCCCCAGCUCCGGAUCGGAGUGUAGCGACGCCUCCAGGGGAUCCAGUGCAAGGUCGACGAUCCCCAAGCCGCCCUCGCCGUUGAUUGCCCGUGCGAGCUCGGUCCGGCUGCUGGGGUCGAGCAACACACAGUGGGCUCUCUCGCCUGGGCGGCGAAGCAGCUCACCCGUGAAGGCACUAGCGACCGUGCAGGAAUCAAAGGGGAAGAAGAGCCUGUUGAGCAUGGGAUGGGGCCAUCUCUUCAACCGACGGAAGACGAUGGACACAGAUUCAUCCAUUGCCACCACGACCCUCGCCAACGCAUUGCCGGUGUCACGCGGCAACGGAGGAAUUGGGGAGGCCGGGCAUCAGAUGAGGAUGAUGCACUGUCGGUUUCUGCAGUGGCGCUUGUUGAACGCCAAGGCGGACGCUGCGUCCAAGAACAAGCGUGCUAUCGCCGAGGUUCAGUUGAUGGGUGCAUGGGCCAGUAUUUCAGAGCUGAGAGGGAAAGUAGCGAGGAAGCGAGUGCAGCUCGAUAAGGAGAAUCUGAAGAUUAAACUCACCAACGUACUCUCUUCUCAGAUGAGGGGUCUGGAUAUCUGGGGGCAGAUGGAGAGCAAGCACACCCUCGCUCUGAACUCCACACUGGAUUGCGCUAAGGCUGCAGUUUGCAGGAUUCCUCUUACCAACGGAGCUAAGGUGUCCCUACCGGCGAUGGCAUCCAUACUGGAGCAAAUGUUCGAGCUCGCAAUGACGGCCAGGAUAUCAGUUCGCUCGUUUAGCCCCGUGGCUAAAGAUACGGCAGUGCUAGUCUCGGAGCUGGUGCAUGUGGCUCGUGAGGAGCAAGCUCUGUUACAGGACUGCCUCGACCUGCUUGGACGGGUCUCUGCACUACAGAUUGAAGAGCAGAGCUUGCGUUGCCAUAUGGUGCAGUCAUCAUCUUCGCUGAAUCUUGUUCCAGUUUGGUUCUCCAGAAUCUACGUUAUUCUUGGACAUAAGUAUGACAUCAUCCCUCGCACGCUCCUCGAUCUCAAGGAGCGAGCCAACUGCAGCAUCUGA